AUGGAGGAAACCUACCUGCUGAAUGUGGAAGGCGUCAAAAAGAAGAUUUUACACGGAGGCCAAGGGGAGCUGCCCAAGUUCCAAGAUGGGAGCAAGGAGAAGCCGUGGGAGGACGCCUGGCUGAAGCUGGAGAGCCUGGUCACGCCGCUGGUGCUCAACUACUGCCAGUGCCAGCUGGAGCUGGGCGAGUACUACGAGGUGCUGGAGCACACGACCGAGCUGCUCCACAAGCACAACGGUACCCGCACCCCGUCCACCGCGCUGCCCACGGCCCCGGGGACCUGCCCGCACGGGGCCAUGUCCCUGGGUGCCCUGCCCAUGUCCCUGAUGGUGCUCACCCCAUGUCCCUGGGUCCCACCUCGACCCCCAUAUGGCCCAGGUCCCCUUGCCCAUGAUGGUGCUGGUGUCCCUAUCCCCUUACCCACGAUGGUGUUGGUGUGCCAGUCCCCUUGCCCAUGA